AUGAGCCAUGAAGCACGGCAGUUGUCGCACGAUUAUUUCGCGGCUGCUCCAGGACCGGGUGAUGAUCGGGUGAUUGUCGCAAGGGAGGGGUACAGCUGGGGGGAGUCGGUGAAGAAUAUCCGUGUGUUCUCCCUGCACAUCGCUCCUGCCACGGACCUAGUUGUGCAACGAUCCCGUACGGUGACCGCUGCCGACCUGACCCUUAGGGAAGUCCUGAACAGCGCCGUCAACGUGAUCGGCGAACCUACUCACCAGUACCUCGAACGCGCACACCACCUACUACCUGUCCGUGACUUGGGCAACGACAUCAAGAUUAAUAUCCGUGCCAUCGUGGUGGUUAGCAGGGAACCUUACGCCGACGGCGAAGCCGCUCCAGGAGCCGUGGCCGUAGAAGAGAGCGCAGACACCGGGACCAACAUGUCACUCCUGACGCACAACCAGUACAAGCGGGGGAGGACCCGGCCAGCCACCGCAGGAGUCCUCUUCCUCUACCACAACUUCGAGCGCUUCCACUUGUCCAGCGCCUUCGGGACCAUGCCCUUCUACCACGAGUACAAGAUCUUCCGUGAUGCUGCCACAGGGGACCUCGAGGACACCCUUGCACCUAAGGUGGAGGCAGCCGAAGACAGCCAAAGUGCAGGCGGGGAUUGCCCCGAGAGCAGUGGUGUACGCAGCCCUCAAGAGGAAACAGAAGCCGUGCCCUCGACGGGACUCCACCCCACCGUUGACAUCUUCGACGCGGGCCCUGAAGAGUAUGACCAACACCGACCUCUUCAACAACCAUAUGAGCGCCAAGACGAGCAGCAGAUGGAAAGCCAGGUCCUCAAGGAUGAACCCGGGGAUUUCCUCGAGUACGCCCCGGACUAUGACAACGCCGUGAACCGCGCUGCAGACGAUGCCGCAGACUACGCGGAGAAUGACGCCGCAGAACACAGAGGGGGCAACCCCCCGGGUGCGACACCUGCUGAGCCAAAUGAGGACGAGCACCAGAGGGACAGCCAGGCCUCAAAAGAUGAAUCGGGGGAAUACCUCAACUACGACCCGGACCAGGACCACACCUUAGACCAGGCGGAAUAUGACGAUGCAGAGAACGCGGAAGAUGAUGCCGCAGACUUCGAAGGGGGUGAUGGGGAGAUCGCAUUCGGUGACGACUGCAACAAGCGCCAGCCUGUCGAGCAGAUGGAGGAGGACUUCAAGCAGGAGCAGAACAACACCUACGCAGUGACGGCAGACAUGGCUCGUCAGUACAAGGCUCUCCAGGAAGAGCUGAUCUACAAGAUCAAUUCCCUGGAGAUCCAACUGACGGAGCAGACCGAGGAGUUGGACCUUACAAACUUCGAGCUGAAGGAGUUGACCCGUGACAAGGAUGAUGAAAUCGACAACAAGGACCAGCAGAUCAAGCACCUGAAUGAGCGAAUGAACGAGAUGUCUGGGGAGUUUGCCAACAUGCUGCACGAGACGCUGGACCUCAUGAAGCAUCACAUCAGCGACAAAUUGUCCGAUGCAGCCUUAGGCGAUGCCGACGGCUCCCGGCCAGACUUUACACAGCGGUUGCAGGACUUCAGCAACAAGGCCUACAAUGCCGUUGCCAUCAGCUCCAAAGCACAGGGCGAAGGGUCAAACAAGGUUCGAUACUCUAUCCUGCGAAAAAAAGGCCAACCUGCCGAUCACUGCCGGCCAAGAUUCAGGCUGAGUCCUUUCUUUCCUAUUCUUCCCAUGGCCCGGGACCUGUUUUGUGCAGCCGUGGUGCUGGCAGCCUGCGCAUUGGCGGCAGACCUGACAGAUGCUUGGAUAUUCGUUAAUAGCCUUUCUGGUUGCUGUUGCAUGCAGGAGAAUGACGUUGUUUGUGUGUGCCUCUUCAAGUCCUCCUUCGGAUCUCCAUUUGAGUUUCCGGAGAUGGACUUGCAGGGGCACCAUCGAGGUGCGAUGUGCCGGUGUUGCCAGCCUUCAGCUGCACAGACCUGCAGCCAUGGGGCAAAUUUCUGGAGCAACUGGAGCACAACGCUGCUCAAGGACAGGCAGUCGUACCAGCUCAUGCUGACAACAAGCUUCCGCUUUUCAGUCCGAGUUCAUUAUGAUGCAAGGGAUCGCAAACAUGGCUUUCCACCAGACCUGGAUUUGCUCCAGAUGGCGGACGACAUCGUCGUCCGUUUCCAAGCAAAGCCAGCUGAGGCGCAUCCCCCCGAGGGUUUCUUCAACUACAUCUGCGGGCUGCAGGAGUGGCCACUGCCCAAUCAGUUCUGCCUCCUCGGAUACGUCAGCGCGCUCUUCGUGCGGGCCCGACAUCUGAUGCUGGAAGAAGGAGAGCGUGAAACUGCCAACUCCGACUUGGCAUAUGCUGAGCCCAUCUUAGGAAAGGAGAUCAGCUUGGACUUUCUGGACUCGUCUCCCUGGCCCGUGUCCAUCCUGGACAUCUUCCUGAACAUCAACCAGACAGACUUCCUGACCUAUGCACAGUAUGCUGCCCGGAAUCCGGUCAGACCUCCCUCCGUGCCGCUGGAGUCGCUGCACUGGCAGCCUCCGCCGGACCUGGUGCAGAGGCUUUCGCAGGUUCGGACACCAUCCGAUGUCUCAGUGGCUGUCUUCGGCACGCAUGCGACGCUGUCCUUGGAGCCGGUGGAUAUGCUCACACGGUCACAGGGGUUCUUCCGCGUGAAGGCCACCUUCUUCGGCCUCGAGCCACGCUGGUGUGAGAUCCUCGGCCUUUGCAACCAGGGCUCUUCGACAAUCACCCAGCUGCUGCGGGCAGCGGAGGGAGAUCCCUAUGCCUAUCCCUGGGACACGUUGUCUCAGCACCUCAGCGCUGCUGCUGCAGGGGACCAGGCCCUCCGAGAGGCCCAGCUACUUCUCUGUACUGAGCCCGUCGCUGGCUGCGUCAUGCUGCGGCAGUGGGCCAGCCGUGAGAGGGGUACAACUUUGCCGAUGCUCGGCUAUUAUGGGGUGGCUCUGCUCAAUGGCUGCCCGCCGCAGGACGUGAAAACCUUCUGGCGAGGGUUCGGCGAACUGCUCGACAGUGGCUCCAUGGCGCGCAUGGCGACCAACAACCUCAUCCUUUCGGAGCAGAUUUUCUAUCAAACCGGCCGGCGGCUGCCCUACGUGCGCGCACACGGCCUCUACACUGAGGUGUCUUAUUCGCCCAAGCUUCUGGACCAAGUACUGUUCUGGAGGUCGCCGCUGUUUGCAUACGCAACUCUUCGCUGUGCCAUGUUUCGCUUUCUGGAAGGCUUCGGGCAGUAUCCGCUGAAGUUCUACUUCCUGGAGGGCUCGGAGAGUGUUCCCUAUGCCAAGGCGGUCUCCUUUCGGGCCAUUGCCAUGCUUCCUCACGACCAUGCGCUGAUGUCCUUCUACGAGCUCUACUCGACGGCGACCCCCCUGCUGCUGCCAUCUGCAGAGUGGAUGUACCGCCUGCUUUACAUGCGCGGCCAGCUGUCUGUGGGCGAGCGUUGGUACCAGUCCAUCAUGCCCGGCCACGAGCCACCUUACUGCGAGUUCGAGGACCCCAGGGUAUGGUGUUACGCACCCUCCCUGAACCCAGCAGUCAGGUGCUUAAGGUUCUGUACCAACUAUAGCGAGCAUGAGGAAAAGCAUCGGCAACUCCCAAGCUUAUUCAUUGCAUCCCGUCUUGUCGAUCUUGCAUUACGCUGUUUCCGCCUUUGA